UUCACACUUCAAACCAAAAAAAAAAAAAAACAAGACGACGCCGAUUUUCGUAAAAGGGCAAAUUUAAAACAAUAAAAUAAGAGGAAAAGCUAAAUAGAAUAGGCGAAUUGCCAAAGAGCAAACAUCACAAAUUGCGACUCGGAGAAUACCGACUGUUUGGCCCGAAAAUGCAUCAGAGCACUUCCGCACAGGCGACAAAUGCGGCUUCUGGCGGGGAUGCCUUUCUUCCACUGCGCGCCUGCAGCACCGCCGGCUGCAAAGUGGCCACCGUGGUGGACAAGACCAAGCGGAAGUGCUCCCAGUUCAUCUCCUCGCCGUACAUAAUGCCCAAGCCGCUGGUGGUCAACGGACACACAUCGAUCUUCCAAGUGGGCGGCGAAAUGGCCAAGAUGGGCGACAUUCCGGCCCUUUCGCAGGCCACCGGUGGCGAUGGUGGUCAGCCCGUUUACCGCAUUAAGCCCGGUACCCAUGCGCACGUCAUCAACUAUGUGCUCAUCGACGAGGGCUCCGACUCGCUGGAGAAGGCCAGAUCCGGUGACCAGGAGGCCAUGCGUCUGCUGCUGGAAUCGCAGCGCGAGAGUGCCGUGACCAAGCUGCAGAAGCUGAUAGCCAACCACCGCGGCCCUCCAGCCUCGUCCAUUACAGCCCAUUCUUCGCCAGCACUAGCACGUCCUGUGGCCUCUAUCUCUACGCCUGGAGCCACUGUCGGGGGCGGAGGCCAUGUUACCACUCCCCAAAUCCAUCCGGACUUCUCCAUUGCCAGCGUGGAGGGAGCCGUCCCGUUUCGCGCAGUCCCCACCUCCGUGGGGAAUCCUUCAGCUCUAGUUCCUCCCGUCGCUCAACCAGCUGCCAGUGGAUUGCCCGCAGACUCUGUGGAUCGGCUGCAAGCGGAGCUCCUCGAGCUGCGACGCACGGUGGCCCGGCUGGAGGAGAACAGUCGCCGCUAGCUGUUACCGAAGGACACUCCAGUUCAACCAAAAACGCUUAAGACAACUACGUAGCGCCCUAGAAAUAACUAAACUAAACAUCUGCGACAUUGUUACCCCAAAUAAAUUAUGCAUUUCGUAAUAGGCAUUGUUAAUUUUGCUCCUGACUUGCAAAUGUAUUUGCCAAACCAAAUCAUUUAACGAGAUAGAAAGCUAGUGAUGAAAUUCAUUAAACAAUUAUAAGAUUUCCCAAUAAUGUUUAAUAUUAUUAAUAAACAUAUUGGCUUAA